CUAGCUGACAGUGGGUUCCCAAAUGGCUUCAAGACGUCUUUCUCUGUGGGUGGAGUGACUCUCCCCCAUGCCAGCAUCACCAUUCCCUCGGGCUACACGUUCAGAGGAACCUUCAACUUUCUUGGUCUGGUGGCAUACAUCAACCUGAGACUCCAAUUGACUGGUAUCAUAGCCGAUGUCAAUUUGCCUCCACUGAAGAUAGGUGGGAACAUUUUGAGCAUGUACCGCUCCAGUGCAGACAAGACGACCGGGCCCUUCCUCCACGUGGAGCUGGUUACCGGCAAGACUCCAAUCGUGGAAGCGAGUGGAUUUGUGGAAGUGUUGAAGAUCUCGCUCGAGACGAAGCUAGUCAUUUCAAGCACAAAGUUUGAACUCUACAUCACUGGCAAGUUCUUGACGUAUUUCGAGGCCCAGCUGCACAUCUCGGCACAGUAUGCCAAGAGCAUCACCAGUGGAACCUUCCUGGUCGAGGGAUGGUUCCAGAAUGACCUUUUCACAAAGAUUGUGAACGAAGUCCAGAAAGGUAUGAGCGCAGCUUCAAGUGAUGCAGAGAAGAAGAUAGGUGCUGAACAGGCCAAAGUCAACGCAGCGAAAGCAAAGUUGGACAACGCAAAGGCUAAGCUUGACAGUGCACAGAAAACGGUAAACGAUGCCAAGAAAGAGUUUGACAGGGCGAGUGCUGCGUUGUCCAGUGCAGAGAGAGAAGUGGAUAGUGUGUGCAGCUACCAAUCAUGUGGAAAAGUGUCAGUGUGUGGUCCCUGUAUCACUGGGACAACCUGUUGUGCCCCUAAAGUGUGGGGUGUAUGUCCUUUACCCUGUCCACAAUUUGGGAUCUGCUGCUCGGACAUUGUGGAUCCAAUCUGUGUGACUGCCAAUGGAGCCUGUGACGUACUGAAAGCGACAGCUAAGGAGCUCCUGAAAGGUGCCCAAGGCGUACUUACGGCCAGCCGAUCUACACUGGACGGAGCCAACGCCGUAUUGGAAGCAGCUAAAGCUCCACUCACGGCAGCUCAGGGUACUUUGGACUUUGCAAACACAGUUCUGGAGGGAGUCAAGAUUGCCUACCAAGCCGGAACACAGGCGGCAACCUUCAUUGCCAAAUUUGCCCUCACAAAGAUUCUCAGCAUAACGGAGAUGUAUUUCAAGGUGGAGUUGAGUGUUGCCAACGGAGGAGUGUUCCAGUGCCGAGUGAAGGGAGUACUGGUGGGAAAUAGCUUUGACGAGAGCUUCAUGUUCGACACGAGCAAUAUCUUUGGGAUUGCCCGGUCUCUAGCUGACAAGGCUGCUAAAGGAAUCUCCAAAUACAUUUGAACUUGUAACCACAAUGUGUUAAGAUAGGAAAUAACUGUGAAAUGUGUUGUAGUAGACGUUUUAGAAGCCCCUGUGUGUUGUAGGAUUUUGUAACUUCUUAGUUAAAACAG